ACGAGUGUUUCACCACCACCACUGGAACUGAUGGCCAGUCGCGUCCGACAGCGAAAGCACUAUCAAGGUAGCAUUGCAAGCUCAGUGCCUGGGCUGUCGGACGUUGUCGACAUGGACAACGACGGGGACACAGUCAGCAGUCUCUCAGCCAAUGACGACUCCAGGACACCGACGAUGUCCCUGUCCUCCCAGUCUCACCGUUCUCCGUACCUUCAUCCGUCUCACCAUGCGACGGCUUCUACGUCCACCUUUAAUGCGCAUUCUAAUACGCAGUCCGUUUCAGUGCCUUCACAAACACAAACACCGGUUCCUACAGCACCGGGUACUCCCCGUAUUGCAGCCUCCCGGAGACCGUCGUCCUUGCGCCAUGGUUCAACCGCCGCCCCUCCCGAAGCCAGUCACACAACUAAACGCAGGCCGUCAUCUCCGUCUGGUCGUGAAGGAAAGGGGGGUAAUCGCAGUGGUCGGGAGCAAAAAAUCCGCACGACACCCCGUCUACCCCAUGUUCACGACGUUCCCAUCGCCCCUGCCACCACUAUGUACUGGUCACGUGCUCCUGUGCACGGCGCUCUGCCAAUGCACAACACGCGCGCCCAUACCGUGACCCUGGUGGAUCACGUCGCUUGGAUGUUCGGCGGGUGCGACGACAAGGGCUGUUGGAAGGAUGUCUACUGUUUUGACACAGAAACGAUGCAUUGGUCACAUCCAGAUAUGUUAGGAGAUAUACCUCCUCCGUGCCGCGCGCACACAGCGACACUCGUUGAUAGAAAAAUUGUUAUCUUUGGUGGUGGUCAAGGUCCCGUUUACUACGAUACAACAUACAUAUUAGACACAACCACUCGCAGGUGGUACGCUCCUAAUUUUCCGGCUCAGUCGCAGCCGCAGAAACACAUACCAGACCAACAAUCACAGUCACAAAACCCUUCCCAAGUUCCAGACCUAUAUCACCCUGCUCCUAGACGUGCUCACACAGCUGUGCUGUAUAUGGGCAGGAUUUAUGUAUUUGGUGGGGGAAAUGGCUUGACUGCUCUUAAUGAUCUAUGGGCACUUGACGUUUCCCGUUUGGACUCAUCUUUGCGUAGUGGUUCUUCCGAAAGUGGCCUAAAAUGGAGUCCUAUCAAGACCCAUGGUGAACCCCCAGCCCCUAGGGGUUAUCACACAGCCAAUCUUAUCGGUAACGUUAUGGUCGUCGUGGGUGGCAGCGAUGGAAAAGAAUGCUUUUCGGAUGUGUGGUGUCUAAAUCUUGACUCGUUGGUGUGGACGCGUGUAAACUUGACCGUGUCGCACCGCCGGUUAUCACACACCGCAACCCAGGUCGGGUCUUACCUGUUCAUCGUUGGAGGACACGACGGAAACUCUUAUAGUUCUGACAUUCUGUUCUAUAAUCUCGUAAACCUCCAGUAUGAACCUCGGGCAGUCCGGGGGUCCCCUCCGUCACCUCGCGGAUAUCACGUCGCCAUUGUUGCAGAUAGUCGACUGUUUCUCUUUGGUGGGUUCAAUGGUCACGAUGUUUUUGACGACGUAUAUACGCUCGACCUGGCGGGGGCAGCCUAUCUCCCUCAAGUGAUGAGCUUCCGGAUCGAUGUCUGACAUGUUCGCAUAUCAAAUUCAAGUACAAGACACAGCGCGAUCUAGCACUUCUACUUUAUAUUGCCUGUUGUUGCGUGUCAUGGUGGUUCGCUGUACGAACAGCCAUCUCAUUGCCAACUUUCUCCUCUCAUCACGAAGUAUAUUCACGCCUUUUCGCCCCUUUUAGAUUAUCUGCUCAUACUGUAAUCCACUUCGCAUCCACCAUAUUCUUUGCAUACGUACAUACCCGGAUAACGCUUUUACGACUUGUUUUCUGUGGCAUGGCACGUUAUGGGUGGUUUCCACAGGGAGCUCGUUCUUACAUCCGGCGGACCACGAUCGUCGAGAUCUACCGUUACCGUUGUGCUGAGAAUGUUAUGCUGUAUCCAUU